AUGGAGUAUGAGGUGCUGCUCGAGGACAGAGUUCGCCUUGUUAUUCCUACUUGCCCUUUGUGUGGCACAGACGAUACUGACAGUGCUGCUCCAAGAAUGGAUUCUCCUCAUGUUUCUGGCAGUAGUCGACGUUUUCAUUCUUGGUUGGUUGGUAUUUCACAAAGGAAACUCCAUUAUACUCUCAUCUGUGGUCAUCUUAUGUUCUGUGGACAAUGUCAUACGCAGUUAGCUCGUUAG